GUAGUUUUGGGGUUUUGGUCCCCCACCCCCUCAGCCCGCGGCUCCUCUAUAAAAGGUGUCAGGACGCAGUCACUCACUGUCAGUCACCUGCUGUCACCGGCUCAGUGGGCUCAUCAUGACUGCUAACUUCCUGCUGCUGCUGCUGCUGCUGCUGGGAGCAGCACAGGCUGUGGCCCCCCUGCCCUGCCAGGGUGACCCAAUCUCCUGGUGCUGGGACGUGGCCAUGGCCACACGCUGUGGCUGGGAGCAGCAGUGCCGGGACCUCUGGGACAGCCUGGCCCUGGGGAACGUGGCUGAUGGGGACAGCGUGGCGCAGGGCAGGGGGAUUAAGUGCAGCCAGUGCACCAAGGUCCUGAAGAGGUUAAAGAAGCUGGCAGGUGACGACCCUGACGAGGCGGCAGUGGCAGCAGCACUGCAGAAGGGCUGCCGGCUGCUGGGCCGGGUCAUGGGCAAGGUGUGCCAGCAGCUCGUGAACAAGUACCAGGACCAGAUCACCGAGGGGCUGCAGAACGGAGAUAUGCCCCGGGACAUCUGCUCUGCCAUGGGCUUCUGCCAAUCCUGAGUACAGUCAGUGCCCAGCUGUAUCCUGAUCCUACAUCUCAUGGGCUGAUCUUGCACUCUGCCUCUUGCAUCCU